ACCGCAGCCAUGACUACCUCCAUGUCUACUACCUCAGCGCCAAGCACAACCUAUACCUAUUCCUACACCACAUUCACCAAUGCGUCACCCGAGCCCUUCACAACACCAACGGCCAUACCCUCAAUGUUCCCAUGGGGCGGUCUGCCAUCCAGCGCCUGCCCCGUCCCAUCCAACGCCCCCUCGUCCAAUCCCGACGUGCCCUACGUCCGCCCCGACGGCAAACUCGGCAGCUGCGUAAUCAGCAACGUGGAAUCCGUCAACGACCACUCCUUCUGGGACAUGUACGACUGCUGCAAGACGGGCAAGAUGACCGCUACCGGCGCCACCUUACCCUGCACCUCUAUCUGCUAUGCAAGCGAACAGCGCAGUUUCCUGGAGAUUGGAGAGUGUCUGAGUAAGAGGAACAAGAUUGUUGUGUGCAGUUCGCCCGAGGAUCAGAGAGGCGAGCCCAAGAGUGAGAGUUCGGGAGCGAGUCAGAGUAGAAGUAGUGCGAGCGCUACCAAGGCGGAUACGACGCUUGUCAGUGCAAGACCUACGGCGACGACGGCUCAGAGCGCGGCGAAUGCGGUUGCGGGUGGGCAGGGUGCGGCGUCCAAGGCUGGGUUGGUGGUGUUUGGCUUCAUGGCAUUGUCGUCUGCUGUGGGCAUGCUGCUGUAA